AGCAUUUGCCAGCUCAACUGAUCUUGCUUCUGCAAUUUCGCUUGAGCUGCAACCAGCUGCAAGCAGCAUGUCGAAGGUGAAGGGCCUGGCUGAGGUGGCUGAGUGGGGUGUGCUGGUGAAGACUGCCUUGCUGGAUGCCUGUGCUUGGUAUCAGGACGUGAACAUGACCAUUGGCCUUGGGGCCCUCGUAGUCCUAUCAAUCUUGGUGAGCAUCAUGGCCAUGGUCUCCAAGGUCUCGGAGACGCCCAGCGAGCGGUUCUUGCGGCGGUGGGAAGCCCAACGCCAGAAGCGCGAGAGUGGGAUCAUAGGGCCGGAGUUUGCGAAGAUGCGAUCGAAGACGGUGACCUACGAAGACGUCGAAGACACCGACGGCUUGGACCCGGACUGCUUCCGUUUCGAAGCAAAGGGAUAUCCAGACGAGGAGAGCCAUACACUUCAUCCUCCUAGCCCGGCUAAGAACAGCCGUGCAGGCCGCAUCUUUCAGCAGCACCGCUUCAUGACCAUCCGCGUUGGAAGGAGCAAAGACCCGCCGCGGGUGCAGUUCCACUUCCUGGGACGCUCCUAUCGGCUUCUCUUCUGGCGUUUGCCCGAUCAGGUGACCUACUUUGCGGAGGCAGGUGAUGGCCUGGAGCAAUUGCAAGUCCAGGACUUGAUGAAUCGUUUGGUGCCUUUGGCAGCCAAUGCCAACAUGUCACUCUUGAAGUACAACCAGCGGCUGCAACUCUCCUUCUCAGAGACAAGAACUGAAGUCCAGCUGAAGGUUUGUCCCAAAGAUGAUAUGUGGGACGCCUCUGGCACCUUUUGUCUCUCCGAUGGCUGUGGCUGCAUCUCUCGAUGGGCGGCGGAAGAAUGUGCAGCCAAGCUGGGGUUUGAGGAGGUACCCAGCGUCUUCCAAGCGCGAUGUGGACCCUUCAAGGGGCUGUGGGUGGUGGAUGAGGAUCAAAAGGUGGAUUUGAUUGUCCGAAAGUCACAAGAGAAGUAUCAGCUCGAUGAACCCCAGGAUGUGUUCGACUUCGAAGUGCUACGAACCUCCAGCAAGCCGCUGCAAAGCUAUUUGACACCCAACUCCAUUCAGGCCUUGGAAUGCCUUGGUGCACCGCCAGAACUCUUCAUGGAGAAGCAGAAGCAGCUGCUGGAUACCUUGGAGCAGGUCUUUCACGGAGAGGAACAGCAGGGCCGUGAAGCCUUGGACGAGAUCAUGAGCCGAGCUAUGCUCAAGCCUGCAGUGGAGAAAGCUCUUCGCGACUACUUGGACUUGGAGUUCCCAUGGACCCGUCGGUUGUUGCUCGCAAGAACCCGUUGGAUGCGGUGGGUUGGCGCUGGGCGCUCGGCACCGAGGAAUGAGGUGAACUUCCAAGAGCUGCGACACCGAGCCUGUGCUCAACUGCGGUCCGCAGCCUGUGAGAAGCUGAAGUUGCCCUUGCGCGACGCGCGACGCGCAUGGAUCGUGGCAGACCAUGGGCGUGACUUACGCCAAGGGGAAUGCUUUUUGCAGCUGCCCCACAGCCAAAAAGUUGAUUUGGCAGGGAAGGAGGUGCUUUUGAUCAGAGCCCCAUGCUAUCAUAGCAGCUCCGUUCUGAAGCUGCGCAUCCCCGAGAAAGCUCCGCCGCGACUUCAGCACCUCUACAAUGUGGUGGUCUUGAACGCCUGGGAAGAUCGAGGCAACACCGAUGCCGAAGACCCGGGCCCGGGGGCGCCGGCAGAUGCUGAAGUCAUGGGCGGCGAUCACGACGGCGACACGGUGCUCCUGAUUUGGGACGCCGACUUCGUCGCCGCGGUGGCGACCACCGAGUCCUGCGUGCGGGAGGCGGAGACGGAGCAGCGCACUUUGCAGAAGGUCGGUGAAGUGGAGCCAGAGAGACUGCCAGGAUGCUUGGCGUUUGAGCUGCCUCUCACGGCCAAGGCUCAUCAGGAGUUCUGCUUGGUCGACAAGAAGAGGAGGGAUUGGGCAGACCAAGAUGGCUUCGGGGAAAACGCUCCGGCUACGCGCUUGGCAUCAAUAUGCAAAGCGGGUGUGGAUUGCGCCUCCAAUGGCCGCACCAUCGUCCUGCCUGAGGAUCUCAAGGACGUGGAGCGUCCCGACUGGUCGGACCACGGCUCCAAGCGCAGCCGCACCUCCCAGAGAGCCUGCGGACAGCUCUUCCGGAGCCAACGGAAGUUUCCCAGCUGCGAGGAGGCAGAGUUCCUCUCGGCAGAUCAGCUGGACUUGGCUGCGUGGAGCUUUGUGCAGCUCAAGGAGGCUGUGUUGGCGGUGGUGAAACUGUCGGAUGAGUUCUAUGAGCAGAAGCAGCGCAUACAGAACCGCGUGCAUUUGUGCCGUGCCUGGCGAGCGGAUCUGGAAAAGGCACUCUUCCGGGCCUCCGCCGCGAAAGCGGCGCCGGAGCAACCCGAAGGAUUGAUGGGAGUUGCUGCAUAUUUGGUCUUCCUCAAAUGCCGCACCACCUGCGGCAACUGUGCUCAGAAAGAAGCCGCGCAGAGGGCGCUGAGCGCGGUGGAAGCUGUAGCGAAUGGGGCGCUGGAGGUGCCGAUCUCGGCGGCAGCCCGUGACGUGUGGCGUCUCUUCCAGUCGAAGGUCCUGGCAGCGCGCAGCCAACGCCUGCACGGUCUUUGCCCUCACAAGCCAGAGGAGCCGUUUCUGAUCGACCCCGUUAAACUACGCUUCAGCCACGUGGCCAUCAGCUGCCACUUCCGUAGUGGUCUGGCGCUCGAGGAGGCGGUGCGAAGCUUGAUUUCCGGGGAGCGGAAAAAGCGCGACUUCGCCAAGAUGGGGAAACCGCUGCCAGUCAGAUGGCACAAGGGCCAUUGGUACACCAUGGGCAACCGGCGCUUAGCCAUCUACCGCCUCUUGAAGUUCCAUCUCCCGGAAGGAAUGUGUGACCAGGUGUUGGUACGCCGGGUCAACGAUGCCGAAGCACUGCGUUGGCCAUGGCACCGGAAGUUCGAACAGGAUGAACGUGAAGGGCGUAGCAUCCACGUGAGGGUCAUCGGAGAGACGGGUCUGGUGAUCGGCGAGACGAAGGAAGAGACGACGAUGACUAUAGAUGAAGGGCAUCCGCCGGCUGGUGGUGGUGUUGAUGGAACCGACAAAGGUUCAUGAGAUGUGCUAAACAUCUUACAAAAAUUGGUUCACUUCCUAAGAGAUGUACCCAAAAGCAGAUGCAUGACGAGAUUGACACCACCUUGUGGUGUUCAUGGAUCCAUGUCGCAGGAUGGUGAUUUCAGGGUGGCUUUGGUGGCUGGGCCUAGAACCCAGCCACCUGGCCAAGUGCACCAGUCGCCCCAACUUGGGUGAGGUUGGGUGUAGCUGGUGCAGAAACCUCCCACUCCAGGGGGGGUUCUGCAGAAUUCAAGCCUUCAAAGAAUGCAUGUUGAUCGAAAGCAAAUCGCGGAGAAUCCCAUCGCCACAGCUUGCCUUCUAGACUCUUGACUGACACCA